AUGCAUCCAAUAGUGACAAAUCUCACAGCUGUGACAGAAUUUAUCCUCAUGGGAUUUUCUACAGAUAAAAAUAUACACAUUUUGCAUUUAGUCCUCUUCUUUUUGAUUUACUUCGGUGCUCUGAUGGGGAAUGUCCUCAUUAUUAUGAUCACAACUUUGGACCAGAGUCUCCACACGCCCAUGUACUACUUCUUGAAUAAUUUAUCCUUUUGGGAUCUCUGCCUAAUUUCAAUCACCGUUCCCAAAUCCAUUGCCAACUCUUUGUCUCAUAAUAACUCCAUCUCAUUCACUGGCUGUGUUGCCCAGGUCUUUCUGAUGGUUUUUUCUGCCACCACAGAACUGAAUCUCCUGACAGCAAUGUGCUUUGACCGUUAUGCUGCCAUAUGCCAUCCCCUGCACUAUGAAAUCAUCAUCACUAAAGACAUGUGUGUUCAUUUGAUAGCUGUGUCUUGGCUGGGUGGGGGUCUGACUGCUGUGAUGCAUACAGUUAGUACCUUCUCCUUAUCCUACUGUGGGUCUAACAUAGUUCAUCAGUUCUUUUGUGACAUCCCCAAGUUAUUGGCUAUAUCUUGCUCAGAAAAUUUAACAAGAGAAAUUGUACCUAUCAUCAUUAGUGUGGUGUUGGAUAUAUGCUGUUUUAUUUGCAUCAUUAUUUCCUAUGUGAACAUCUUUUCCGCUGUCAAGAAGAUUCCAUCAACAGAAGGUCAGUCAAAAGCCUACAGCACUUGCCUUCCACAUCUGGUGGUAGUUGUAGUAUAUUUAUUCACUGGCUUCUUUGCUUAUCUGAAGCCAACAUCAGGGAUUCCUUCUAUUUAUGACCUUUUAAUUUCUAUGUUCUACACUAUGGUGCCCCCAACUGUUAAUCCUUUUAUAUACAGUCUAAGAAAUAAUGCCAUGAAAAUGUCACUACAGAGGCUACUGAAAAGAAUAUUCACCACAAGGUAA